AUGGCCUCUGCUAACAUUGACCCCGCCGGAGCCGCCGCCCUAAGGCCGCCCUCCGGAUCACGGCGCGUUGCGACUUCGCCCGCUCCUGCCUCGCUUUCUGGGUCCUCCCCGUCGGAGAAGAGGACCCGUCCGCUUGAACCACCCCCGCCUGUGCCUGGUGCCCGCUCUUUGCCCCUUCGCCCUGCACCGGCUCCGCCGUUUGAUGACAAGUGCGAGUACGCUUCGGAUGACGUCCUUCUUUUCUGGAAACCUCCGUCUGUGUUCUCGCAAUGGACUCCUUCGGCUUUUGACGUACUGGGGGUACGUUAUUCAUGUGGUGAGCCACUUAUGAUGUCUGAAAAAGCGAAGUUGUUUGGAGAUAUGACGUCGUAUGACAAAAUUAUGGCUGCAACAGAUCCUAAGACACACAAGUUUUUGGGUCGAAACGUGCGUCCUUUCGACUAUGCUGAAUGGGAGCAUCGUCGUGAAGAGAUCGUGCUCACGGGGUCGUAUGCCAAGUUUGCUCGAAACCAUGAUAUGAAACAUCAUCUACUGGAGACGGGUACCCGCCUCCUUGCAGAAGCCAGCCCCUUCGAUCGUGUUUGGGGUAUCGGCAUGUCUGCAUGCUUUCCAGAUGCUAGCGAUUCAUCCAAGUGGGCGGCUAGCGGUAAAAACCUGUUGGGAAAAGCUUUGAAGGAAGUUCGACGCCUUUUGCGUGAUCAUCCCCUCUCUGGCGAAGAUUUCCCCGCUUCCAAUUCUCCCACGCCCCCCAUUUCGCAGCCUCCUCUCCAUGGACAUCGACGCAUCCAUGAGGUUGCUACUGCUACAGGUUGUGCCGAGCUCGAGCCGGGAGACGUAAUUGGAGUGUCUGCCGCGCCGCUACUACGAGUACCGGUGGAAACCCUGAAGGCGGCACCAUCUUCGAUUCCUACCGGCCCCACAACAUCUACAUCACCACCUCGGGUCAACGCCGUUGGCCCCAAGUCCGGGACUCACCGCUCUCCGGACCCAGCCUCUGCCCCGCCUCCUCCGAAGCCGCCUCCACAAGAACUACUCGACCGCUUCUCUGAGGCACAGCGCUCCAGCUUCAUGCGCGUGUGGGCUAGGCUGCCCGGACGAAGCCCGUUGCAUCACGCCCGUAUCGUAUCAAUAUACUACCGGAAAUUCCUCAAGAAUCUCGCCACCAAGGUGCGGCCUCUCAACUCACUUCUCAAACAAGGCGUCCCCUUCAAGUACACCCCGGGCAUGGUAAAGGUUGUCAAUACGUUGUUAAGCGAACUCGCUCGCCCCCCGAUUUUGGUCUUCCCGGAUUGGGCAGCAAUCGAGGACAACAGCCGUCCUCUUCGUUUGUGUUCCGACGCGUGCAUCGACGGUUUUGGCUCCUCCUUGGAACAAGGACAGCUCGAUGGCUUGGUGAGACCCAACGUGUACAUCAGCCGCGCUACUCUUCCUGCGGAGCGUAACUGGACCGUUUUGGAUCUGGAGGCUGGUGGCAUUGUUUGGGCCAUCAAAUGCCUUCGCGGUUAUCUGUGGUCGACCAAGUUCAUCAUCUACUCGGACCACAAAGCCUUGGAGAGCAUUGGCAAGGUUGGGGAACACAACGCUAGGGUGCAACGAUGGCUGGAAUUCCUGUCCAACUUCACCUACACCCUGAAAUAUCGGAAAGGUUCGGCAAACGGCAACGCGGAUUUUCUUUCGCGGUUGCCUUUACCAGCACAAGACACGGACAAAACCGGCCCCGACUGCAUUGAUGGUGUCGAUCAAGCGGGUGUUUUCCUCAUUUGGGCUUGCGGGCGCAACUAUCACUCGUCGUCUACGCCGGAGGUCCCGCUCGACAAACAACCGGACCGCCGGUCUGCUGCCGCCAUCCGCAACGCCGGCACCGGCGUUUUCGUCGACUGCUCUUGCGCCACCGGUGUCUUCGCCAUCAGCGGCGCGCCCUGCAUCCCCGACUUCGCCUUCUCUACAGGUUUCGCGCGGGACUUCGCCACUCACGAUGUCCCCUUCGCGGACAUCACCACAGACUGCGGCUGCCCCAGUCGCUGA